GUCUCGUCGUUUCCCGCCUCAACACACGCCGGUCAGUCGUCAACAGCACCGCACGUUGUUUAUUCGUCUUUGUAUUCACAUACGCACGUAAAAUAUAACCAUCUACCUAUAAAAUCGUAAAUUAAAAACUUAUCGAAACCACAUAUUCUCGUCGUAGUAUCGUAUAGUGGCUUAGUGGACUGCAACGAUCCGUUAGCGUUUUCGAUAUAGUUAAUAGUAUAAUACUAGAAUCUCAUAAUUGUAUUAGUUUUUAUUUUUUUUUCGUCGACACGAUAGUUUGACUCUGAGUGCGUUCCGAAAAUCCAACAUCGAGGACCCACGAAGCAGCGUACUGUAGACUUCCGAUCAAGUGUCAGUGACAUUUGUUCCGGACGUGCACACACAUUACUUCGAUAUCCUCAGUAGAUAUUACACUACACCUAUAAUUUUACACGUGAGUCGUUGGCUUUAUCCGUUGCUCCGUCACCCAUUGUAGACUUCUGACAGACAUCGAGCAAACGGCGUCGACGUCAAUAUGACGACUUCCGUGGCCUGACCAGUGCUAUUCUACCACAUCAGCCGUUCGAUAGCGAGAACAGAUACGACAUUUACAUACCUAGCGAUAGACUGAUAUACGCCGCUUCGUGAUGAAUCGGUCCACUUAUGCGGCCGCUCUGGUAGUGGCCAUUGCGCUCAGCCGCGUCGUAACCGUCACAGGAUCCGAAGAGUCAGUGGCCGUGACAACGAAUACGGAGAUGACUAUGACUACGGACGAUCCACAGAGUCAGCUGAUGGACAUGGUGGACGGGCUAUUGGACGCGGCUGAUUCGUAUCAGCUGGCGCCGGGCGUUCGGAUCAAGCGGUCCGCCGAGGAUACAGCCGAAACCACCGUCGAUAGUCAGGCCGACCGAGAUCACGAUCCCGAGAAGUAUCUGAUCGACAGGCUGGCCCGGUACGCUGGCACGCAUGUUCUGGAUGUCGAUUUUGCUGAGAUGUUCCAAACGUCCGGAAGAUCGUUCUUCAAACAUCAUUUGCCCAGAUUUAACUUUGGUAAGAAUUCAUUUUUGACUGGUUUCGGAUUGGGUUUUUUGGCGUUCGGCUUGAAGAAAUUAUUGCUUCCGGUUAUCAUCGGUGCGCAGAUCAUCAAAUCCAUUGCACUUGCCGCUCUGUUACCGACACUUUUAGGUAGCGUCGGAAAAGUAGUUUCAAAAGGCGUGUCGAACUUCGCGUCGAGUUCAUCGCACUUUGGGCCUGGAGCCGGUUCGGAUGGUUUGAGCGACUUUGAAUUUAAAGACCAACAAUCAAACAUCGGUCUGGGUUACGACACGGCUGGUGCCGCGGACACUUCAGGUUCGGAAACGGGUUACCAGAGUAUUUGGACGUAUCCACCAGAUAACAAUGCGAAUGCGAUAACCGCGAGUUACAGUAGCAACAACAGGUAUCCACUGAAAUAUGGCCAAAAUACUGUAUCCAGCACCAAGCUCCAGUCGGGUAAUUAUUACACAAAGGACAAGACCGAGGACUUUAAGGUAUUCCACACGAUACCAGCCAGCUCGCACCUGUUGGCCAACUACGAUCCAUUUUACAGUCCACUCUUGUCCAGAAUCGACACGGUAUACAAGCAGCUUGGAUACACAACUGAACCCUGCCGGGAACGAUUGGUGUGUCAGAUGUACAAGAACCCAGCCAAGUUCGCGCCAUACAGCAAUCUCGUAUCAGCGCAACUCAGCAGAGAGCUGAACGAAUUGCGCAAACCGUCGUCCGAGAAUCCAGAGAUAUUGCGAUUUUUCAAGUACAUGAAAGCCGCCAAAGAUGGUCAAGACAACAAAAAUUGUGAGAUGAUAUUCUCGUCGUGCGUUUCCCAAAGAUCGCCAGACGAUUCGGUGCCCAUGAUGACCACAUACAACGAAAUCAACAAACUGGUACAGGCCCGAAACGCAAAAAGACUGGCGGAAUCGUCCACUGUUUCCGAAGACGUUAAGUCGGAAUCAUCCAUCGUCGCUGAUGACGUAAAGGCAGAAUCGUCCAUCGUAGCUGAUGACGUAAAGUCAGAAUCAUCCAUCGUCGCUGAUGACGUAAAGUCAGAAUCGUCCACCGUUACUGAAGACGUUAAGUCGGAAUCGUCCAUUGCCGCCGACGACGUAAAGUCAGAAUCAUCCACUGUCGCUGACGUAGAGUCGGUAUUAACAUCGAAAUGAGUGGUGUGAAAAACGACGUUUUUUGAUCCAUGACGCAGCGUGGCAACAUAUAUUCAAAGUCAUUAGGAAAUAUAUACGAUACCUCGUCUAGCUCAACGUAGUUUUGUAGUUGUAGUUAUUCUGUAUAGUUACGGUUAUAUAGUUAGUAUGCGGAAUGCGCACACAUCAUAGGAUUAUAGUUAUUUAUUGAGCGCGCGGCGUACUGUUAUAUAUCGGUAUAACGCGCCCGUCGUAUUUUUAUCAUAAAAAUAAUAAUAAUAAUUUAUUGUGUAUACGCCGUGAACAUAAUAUUUCGAUAAUUUGUCAUAGUUUUUGCGCCUAAUCGAGCUGGAUACUUUUAUAUUAAUUAUAUUCUUUGUUCGAUCGAAAUACGCAGAGUGCCAAUAUUGGGAUCGUCGCUCUACUGACAAAUUCGUCGAACUUUAUGUUUUCGAUACCUAUUAAAUAUAGUUUACUGCUGAAAUGAUUUCGGUUAAUUUGGACAGAAGUUGUCUAAAUUAUAUCAAGUUUGGUCAAUAUAUAAAAUCAUAUUUCUAGUUCCAUUCUUGGUAUAUUUAUUUAUUUGUUUAUUUAUUCGAUUUUGAGUUGCUCAACCUGAACAGCCGAAAUAAGUUUUCGAAACGGUUUAAAAUAUAACUUGUGAUAUCGGUACAAUCAUUAUGUAAAUAUACCAAUAUAGCUUACUUCGUUAUCAUACUAUUAUGGCGAUGAUUGGUUUAUAAUAAAAUUAACAGUAUUCCUAAUUUUUACGAAGAACAUUUCGAAACGUUACGAAGAUUUUAGAAUAUCUAUGUUAUUGGUUGAACAUGUUACUAUAAACCAUAUUAUAAGACAGAAACGUGGCUUAAUAUUUAUUAUUAUAUUAUAUCGUAUUCAGAAACUUCUUGAAAAUAACACUUUUACGUUGUGUUGAAUUUUAACUAAUAACUAAUACUAACGUAACAGUUAUAGGUAGGUAUCACACAUAGAUACUAUACUAUAUUUGUACAAUAUUGAAAAUUAUUUGUUAUCAAUAAAAUUAAGUGCCUAAUUUAUUGUGUCAGUGAUAUUAUUAUAAUAAUAUUAUUUAUUUAAUUUUAUAUUUUAUUCCAUCUUUGUUUAUCCAAUACGCAAGAUCUGGUUAAUUUUACUUUGCGGGUGAUUUAAUAAUGUUGUUGAUUACAUUUAAUGAUUGUAUCCAACGUGUGUAUUUAUAUGAUAUAAUAUUAUAUUGUUUUAAGUUAAUUAUAAAUUAAUAUAUUUAUUAAUAUUUUAUAAUUUUGUAAACACCAAACACAUAAUGUACCUAUAGCCAUACAAUGUAGAUAAAAUAUAACAUACAAUAAGUAAUGAGAUAGUUGUAUAUCUAUCAUUGAUGUAUUGAGUAUGCAACUGUAAAUUCAUUUUAUUAGUAUUAUUAUAGUCAGUAUUUUGUAAAUUAUUUAUGCACUAAUCAAACACAGUUGAUUAUAUAAUUUUUUAUAAUCGAAUUGAAAUUAUUGUUAUCUUUUCGUUAAGCUUCUGUACUUUCAAAAUACUUCCAUUGUUAGCUUUAAUAUAAAAAAAACUUUUCAUUUAAAAAUAUUAUUAUCAAUAAAUUAUGUAUAUUUAUUUGUUAUUGUUUGUUAGUAAUAUUUAUUAUUCAAUGUUAUAACUAGUGUGAGCUAAUUUUGGUUAUUAUAGCGUAUAGGCCGUUUAUAUCUUAAUAUUCUUAACUUAAAACACAAAAAUACUUUUAACUGUAAUUACCUUAUAUUAAAUUCAGCAUAUUAUAAUAAAUAAUAGUAAGGUAAUACAUACUAGUACAUAUAACAUUCUUUUGAAUAUAUAAAAUAAAAUAUCUAAUUCAAUUGUUUA